CUUCAGGGCAGAGACAAUAAAAACGAAACCGACCACGGAAUUGUGAUAUAACGUUCAAACUCUCAUAUUUGUACGGCAUUGCACUCGCUUCACCGGAUUGAUUCGUCGACAUCGUGAAAGAACAGACGUGGGAAUUUUCAAGAAUUCGUAUUUUGACAAUUUGUAGUUUUCCAACAACGUAUGCGUAUCAACAUCGACCAGUCAACAUGGCAGAAACAUUCCCUAGUAGUACUGGUGUUUUUUCUUCCUUAGCGGAACUUCCAGCACACCUGCCGGUUGUAUUGGAGGGGCAACUACCGCUUUUGUUGCCGCUGAAGGUCGGAAGAAAAAUGCUAUACGACGCAGGAGCGGUGUUCCGGCGCAGCGUGGACGACGUUUCGCAUUUGCCCGUGGCGGUGCAGGAACUUUUCGCCUCGGUGCCGAAGGGAGCACUGCCACCCGCGGAAAUUUUGCUGACGCUCGGCUGGCUGUUUUUCAAUAUUCUGUUCAGCUACCUCGGGUUUUCCGUGCUGCUCCAGCCUCGAAGUAGACCAGAGGUCUCGACCGUGGACGACGAUGCUUCUAAAGGUUCAGCUGCAGCCACUUCUGCCAGCGACUCUUCCAGGUCGGCGCCUCCUGGCAAGAAGAACCAGGGCAACUACACCAAGAAUGGCACUGCGGAGGACCCCAACAAGUCUUCAGCGUCCGACAUGUUCACCAUUCCGCCUUUGAUUGAUCUGAGCGAGACGAGAAGCAGGACGAACAACCUGCUAUUCUUCCGCCGCACGAUUUUCGCCCUGGUACUGGGCGUUGUGCCGAUUUACGUCGUGUACAGUUCGGUGUUCCUGCAGCCGUUCCUGAUCUUUCUGUUUUGCAGCUCCGUCGCGGUCCUGUACUUCCCCCCGGUGCUCACGACCCUGAUCGCCAUUGCCGUGCUGAGUUGGUGCCACCUGAACGUGAUGGGGAGCAUGGGCCGUGGCGCCGACGCCAACGCGGACGUGGCGGGGGCAGCUUCGGACCACACCGACUACAGCGACCCAAGCGGGAUUUUCAUGCUGUUUUGCGUGCGGCUGUCGCAGGCCGCGUGGGAGGUCUACGACGGAAAGAUGCUGGCGCGAAACCCGACCAGCCCCCUGUCCGCGAACCCGAAGGUGGACCAGUUUCGCCGCACGCGGGCGGUGGUGCCGCCGGAGAGACCAACGGUGUCUUGGAUUCUGGUGUUUUCCGCCUUCUGCGUGUUCUUCCCCGGAAUUUUAGUGGGGCCCUCCGGCGGCCUGCGCGAUUUUGUCGACUUUCUCGACAUCGCGGGCAGCUGCAACGACGGCAGUGCCGCCAAAAUGAACUUGUCCCGUCGUCCCGUGAACAAGCUGAAGAUCUUGAAGCUCAUCUUCACCGCCCUUACGUGCGCUGCGAUCUACCAGGCGGCCAACGUGGUCCUUCCACUGAACCGGGACAUCCUCGACAACUACUUGCCCACCCUGCCGGUGGUCCUGCGGAUUCUGUACCUGACCUUCUCCGUGGACGGCUUUCGCUACAAGUACUACCUGGUCUGGUCUCUCUCCCUCGCGGCCUCAACCGCGAGCGGGUUCUCGACUGACGACAACGACAAAAACGCGCAGAACGUGGACAUCGUGCGCGUGGAAACGUUAUCCAAUGCAAAAAUGUCUGGGUCUGGAAGAAUACGCGAUUUGUCAUGCAGCUUUUCCAUGACACCCAUGAGGUCUGGAAUGCAGGACCUAGCAUGACAGAUUCUGUGCGAUCUCUCUCAUGCCUAUUCUGCAUGAGAAACCCCCUCCCGACUUGGUCAAAACUGGACGACUUUUGGUAAUCAUGCAACACAGAUUUUUGCAUGCUGCGGAUUUAGCAUGACAAGUUGCAAUCUUCCAGACCCAGACAUUUUUACAUUUGAUAAACGUCCACCGCCAUGGCGGACAUGCUGGUCGGGUGGAACACCAGUGUGAGCUUGUGGCUGAAUAUGGAAAGAAAAAAGUUUGUCACAGUCACUAACGUGCAGGUUUUGCAUGAUAAAUUUUUCCCGCAUCACAGGUUUUUCUUGUAUUGCAGAAACACUAAGGAAAUCCCUUAUGAAGUUUGGCUGUGAUGCAUUUUUACGCAUGACAGACAGUUUUGUAUUGCAAAAAUGCGCAUGAGUGAUCGUGACGAACUUUUUUUGUUUGAUACUCAAGUGCUCGGUGUUCGAACGUGUAAUGGACAGCAGAGUGAUCAACCGGUUCUUCCCCAAGUCAAAAAAACUGCUCGCGACUACCAUCACCCGCAUCUUCUCCGCGGUCUGGCACGGCUUCCGUUCGGGGUACUACUUGUUCUUCCUCUCAACCGUGCUGGUCACCGUGUCCGAGGCCCACCCGGUGCUGCGGUGGCUGGAGGCGAAAGCGCCACUGGUCAAGUGGCUCCUGCAUGCCAUGUUCUUCAAUGUGGUUGCGGUGCCCUUCGUUGUGCUGACCUGGCAAGACUCCUUGAAGGCCUGGAAUUUGGUCUACUACUCCGCUCACAUAGUCAUGCUAGGCUUCAUCGCCUCGCAGCAAUUCUCGAAGUUCUCCAGCUGGAAGCUACCCCCGAGGGCGGGGGAGGAGAUCAAGCAAGGGGAAGGGAAAAAGGAGAAGUGAACGAACAAGAAGUGCAACGCGUACGACACCAAAUCAAUCUAUUAUACUGGAGGGCAUGGGUGUCCGAUGAUAUUGUAUUUGUGUUGUUAUGUAUAUGUAUUAAUUAAACUACCAAGUAAAUAAUUAUAAUUUCUGUUUUGUACAGUACAUGCCGUUGUUCUCAACAACCUGCAUGUCCAAGAAGUAUGUAGUGAGACACGGCUAGUAAGUAGCAGGAUAGGCUACAGUGUGUAUCAAAAGCCAAAUCAUCAUCAAGAGAACCAACAUCAUCGAGAAUUGUGCCGGGCGAUGAGAUGAAGUAUUGGCAACAUGCAACAAAGCAUUCGAAAUAAAUAGAACAGAGCGACAGGAGUGGCGAGCCAGAAGUGUAUCAACCCACCAGAGAACAACAGGGCGAAUGCCUUUGCCUUUCUUGGCGAGAAGAGCAAGAAACUCCAUGACCGUGGCGUGGUAUCCCCCACCGUGUGGCUCCAUCGACAUUCAAUUUUAGACAAAAGGAAGAAU